AUGCAAGCGGCUCAAGAACGACUGGCAGAUAUGAGAGUGGUACUGGUGUGUGCCCUCCUCUCCCUAUUCUCGCUGUCGCAUGCCUGUCCAAAGGAGUGUAACUGCAACAGCAACACCAAGGUGGUAGACUGCCGGGGUCGAGGCCUGUAUGACAUCCCCCGACGACUGCAUCCAGACACCCAAGAACUGUAUCUCCAAGAUAAUCGUAUCAGGGGCCUGGGAUCAAUGGCUUUCCGAGAAAUACCACUUGUCCGCAUUCUCGAUCUAUCUAAUAACUCCAUAACAUCUGUUUCACCGACUGCCCUGCUUGGUCUCAGAACUCUGCAGCAUCUCAGCCUGGCCUACAACAGCCUGAGAGAACUUGACAAGCGGUUGCUUGGGCCUAUCCGCUCGCUUUCACACCUUGACCUCUCACACAACAGCCUGUGGGGUUUCCCUGGAGCCAUAGGCGAUAGUUUGAGGAACCUCAGCCACCUGGGGCUAGCACACAACCGGCUAACCCGAUUGGACCGCUCCCUGUUGGAGGCCCUGACACAUCUGGACAGCCUCACACUACGUAGUAACCCCUGGAGGUGUGACUGCCAGCUCAUGGGCCUCAAACUCUGGCUGGAGACCUACCUCUUUAAAGGUGGAGUCGUGGAUGAGGUGCUUUGCUCCCAGCCAGAAGACAUGAAGGAUAAAGAUCUGCAGAAAGUACCUUACCAGCUCUUCCACACCUGCAUGACCACAAGCUACCAUUACCUGUUUGCUAACAUACACCACUUGGAGAAUGAGAGGCUACUGCGUGGCCACACCCAUGGCAACCAUGCUCAUCCCUCUAGCCACGCUAUCCAUGUCCCCAUGGCAAUGGGGGAGGGUUUCGGUGGUGGAGGAGGAGCAGGAGGCGGAGGAGGGGGUUUGCCAGAGUGUGAACCUAAGCAGAGGCACCGGCCUGUCAACUUGCGCCAUGCAAUUGCCACAGUAAUCAUCACUGGCGUAGUGUGUGGGAUUGUGUUUCUCAUGAUGCUGGUUGCAGCAGUGUACGGCUGCGCUUAUGCUGCUAUCAUGGCCAAAUAUCAGCGGGAGCUUAAGAAGAACGAGGAGUUGGCAGCAGCACAGAGGGCAGAUCAUGCCAAAGCAGAUGAGAAGGAACCGCUGGAGAAUGCUAUCGCCUAA